GUGAUGCAGCGGCGAUCACUGCAUUUCUAUCGCCUCAGGGGUGGCAGUUAUUUGUUGACAUGGAAGUAAAGUGCAUUCUGGGACUUGUGGUCCUGCUGGCUGUGUCAGCUUGGGCUGAGGAGGAGCCUCUGCCAGCUUCAGUGCGGAUUGAGAGAGUCAACAGGGAUAUCGUCCGUUCUCCUCUCGAGCCCUACGUAGAGGACGACAUCGCCUACGACUUUCAGGAUCAGAGAAACGCUGACCCCUGCACGUCCUCUAACUGCAAGUGGCCCAAGUCCUCCGACGGGAAGGUCUACGUCCCCUACAUCCUCUCCAGCGCAUUUUGUACAUUUGGUCUCACAGGAUCAUGUUGGUCCGUCAUCGAGCGCGGCCUGCAGUCCUUCCACAGUGUCUCUUGCAUCCGCUUUGUGAGACGAACCAACCAGAGAGACUACCUGAACAUCCAGUCCCUUAACGGGUGCUACUCCUACAUUGGUCGCCGUGGCAACGGGCAGGCCUUGUCCCUGCAGCGCUCGGGCUGUGUUUACCACGACACCGUCCAGCACGAGGUGCUCCACGCUCUGGGCUUCCACCACGAGCAGAAACGCUCUGACCGCGACCAGUACAUCCGUGUGCUGCUGGAGAACGUCACCUCUGGAAUGGAGCACAACUUUGACAAAGUCAACACUCUGAACCAGGGAACCUCCUACGACUACGGCUCCGUCAUGCACUACUCCAAGUAUGCUUUCUCGAAGAACAACCAGCCCACCAUGGUGGCCAUCCCCAACUCCAGUGUCCAGUUUGGUACGGCCACCGAGAUGAGCCAGAAGGACAUCCUGAGGCUGAACAAGCUGUACCAGUGCUGAACAGGUGUCAAUGAGACGCCGCAGCACUUCAGAAAGAGAGUCCUCAUCAUCUUCUCUGUGUCAACAAUAAAUUCAAAAUGAUUUAAUGAGCAUCAAUAAAAGUGGCAUAAAGCUCA